CAGCCGUCGAUCGCCCGGAAGUACGGUCUGGAGCCGAAGCUGAAGAAAAUGCUCACUUUGUAUCGGUUCCUGUUUUACUUGACCUACGAUUUUGACAAACAAAACAUACCGAACACCGACUGGCGGUUCAAUAUCGAGCCCCUGCCCGACGGCCACUUAACCAAAAGGUGUACAAUUGGCGAAAUCAUUCCUCGACUCCCGGUCUCGAUAUUCGUGAAGAUCACAUGGAUUUCGUUCAUAAUCCCGGGCCUCCAGGAGCUGAUCGACGACCCGAUCGCCUUUAAUCACACGCUGUCGCAGAUAUCGCCGCACAUUCGCCAGUGUCUGCUCUAUCGGCGCAAAUUUGCGUUCAAUAUAUGCGAAGCGCUCGUC